GUCUUGGGUGAGACGAUAAGGAAUCGAAUACUGUACCUGUAAGUGGGCGUGUCUCCUUUCUGUAGAACGUUUUUUUUCAUAUGCGAGUUUCGAGACAAUCUAACCUCGCCCAGAAUACAGAUCGGAAUCAAAACCAAAUAAAUUGACCCCUCCAACUCCUGAAAUGGAGCCGAUUGCAACUUGGAGUCACGAGAGCGUCAUACGUUGGUUAAGAGGUCUGGAGCCAGCCCUACAGCAGUAUCACUUCGAAGAGUGGCAGCUGACGGGGGAAUAUUUACUGCGGCUAUCUUACCAGGACCUGGAGAGGCUUGGGAUAAGGAAGAUUGGCCACCAGGAGCUGAUUCUAGAGGCCGUCGAGCUCCUCUGUUCCCUGAAUUACGACGUGCGCCGAGAGAACAUGCGCUCCGUGACGGAGAAGCUGAGGGGCGUCUCGCACACCCUGCAGGGGGUGAUCCAGAGCCGCUGGAAGGUGAACACUUACAAAGGCACGAGCGUGAGCAAGCUGGCCCCGGACAUCCUGCUGUCCAUCAUUGACCUGGUCACUGCGGCCAAAGCACUCUUCUCCUGGCUUAACAGGUACCUCUUCUCACAUCUGAAUGAUUAUUCAGCCACUAAAGACAUCGUCACACUCUGUACCCAGCUAGGCAACACUGUUAAAAAGGACAGCACAGCUUAUGAAAAAGAAAAAGAAGUCGUGUCCAUUUGUAAACAGCUGGUUGACAUCUGUGACAGCAUCCUGAAGAACAGCUCAGAAAGCCUCCUAAACCACACUGCGAACCUGGAGAGUGUGGGGCUGAUCCCUGUUGCCCCAGGAGAGAAUCUGGGAAUUGAGAUCACAUCAACUGGCUCAAGCCUUCAUUUUGUGACAGGAACGGCUGCUCAGUCGCCAGCUGGAUUCUGUGAGCAGAUCCUGCCAGGGGACGAAGUGAUUCAAGUCAAUGACCAGGUUGUGGUGGGUUGGAGCAGACAGAACCUGAUAAAGAAACUCCGGGAAAAUCCUGAGGGUGUGACUCUGGUUUUAAAGAAGGUGCCUAUCUCCUUAGUAAGGCAGGAGAAAGCCACAAAACCUCCAGAUUCACAAGUACAGGUCCCUGGAGGUCCCGAGUCUCCCACAGUAUUCAACAGGGUUACUGCUUCUAUAAGGUCUUUUUCCCAGCUUUCCAAGAAUAAAGGCGAGAAUUCAGAAGAGAAGAGUCUGGGAGGGGGAUCGGAGGUGUCUGAGGCUGGGGGCGAUAGCGGGUACUCCCUGAGCCAGUCCACCUGGUACAAUUCCGACCAGGAGGGGGAGCUACUGAGCAAGGGGGACCAGACCCCUCCAUCCCUGACCACACCUGAAAGCCCUGGGCGGGAAGGCAGUGUCCACAGUCCUGGGAUCAGUCCGGAGAGUGCUGGGGCUCCCAGUGACCCCUCGUUCCUUCCCGGGACCCUCGAACUGAAACGCUACUCCUGGCAGCGCAGGCACAGCUUUGAGCAGCAGGGCAGUGAUUCUGAGAUGGCAGCACAAACACAGGAGGAGAGAGCUUCCAGAAAGUCAAAUACAAAAGGGGUCCGCAGUACCGCCAGUCGCAGACGUAUCUCGUGUCGGGAGCUGGGCAAGGCUGACUGCGAGGGCUGGCUCUGGAACAAGAAGAAAGAGAGCAGCGUCUUUGUCACACAGAAGUGGCAGCGCUUCUGGUUUGUGCUGAAGGGACCCUCGCUGUACUGGUACAACAGCCAGCAUGAAGAGAAGGCGGAGGGUUUCAUUAAUGUCUCUUCAUACAAUAUUGAAAGUGCUGGCGAUCACAAGAGGAAAUAUGUGUUUAAAGUCUGCCACGAGAGGUUUCGGACAUUUUUCUUUGCUGCGGACAACGUUACAGACAUGAGCAAGUGGAUCAAUUGCUUGAUAGCCGGUAUACUAAAACACAAGCAGUACAGCAAGAACUUCCCAAAGAAAGAGGAAGACUGUUACAGCGAGACUGAACCUGAAGACGAGGACUCGAACUCCCCACGAGCUCCCAGACACAAGGCUUACACAAAACGACAAAGUGACGGGGUGCAGACGAUAUCAAAAGGCAAAAAAGGGAAUAAAGAAAAUAUACCCCAGAGUGGAGGAGCCACCUCGACAGCAGAGAAGACCCAGACAGGGGUUAAGGAUGACAUGGACAAUCUGUACGAUCGCAUCAAAGAGGGAGGGGUCUCCCUCAUUGGCAGCCAGCAGCUGUCCACCAUGGAUCACUUCAGGAAAUCCUUCAUCAAGAGGAACAAGAACCCGGUGAUCAACGAGAAAGCGCUGAGACUCCGAGCGCUCAAGAGCACACUCAAAGCAAAAGAGGCGGAGCUUCACGUCAUCAACGCAAUCCUGGACGACCCAGAACUGACGUCACAGAAAUUCAAAGAGUGGAAAGUCAAAAACGAAGACCUCUGCAAUGAAAUUGCGAAACUGACCAAGGCGAAGACGUUGUUUCAAGGUGACCAGCCUGCCUCGCUGUGCAGCAGUGAAUCAGGCAUGGAUGAAGAGUUGCCAAGCCCAGCCACUGACUCUGAACUCAGGGUGCCUGAGGUGGACAGUCUGGCAGGUUAUAGAAUAGAACGGGGAGAGUCGCUGGUGGAUGAUCAACCGCCAAGCCCAGGACUAGAGUGUUCCCCGCAAGCGAUGAUCUCUGAAGCGAAGCCAUGUGACUCACUUGAAAGAACGGCUCACGGCAAUGCCACAGUAAGCAGUAGCCAUGCGACGGUCAGUGUCUCUUCAGAGGAUUAUUUCUUCAUAUAGGCAAUUCAGCCUAUAACAUUCACAGCAACUGAUAUGGAGACUAAUGAAGUGUAUGUGUGUAUAUAUAUAUAUAUAUAUAUAUAUGUUUAGUAUUACCACCUUAAGCAAGGAUUUUGCCUGGCUGGGUAUCAUGCUCAGCAUUAUGGGCUAAAGUCUCAAAACCAUUUACUCCAAAAUGCCAUUACCAUGAUCCGAUAGUAAAACCACAACCAGUAAACAUACCAAAGUGAGUAGUGUGAUUUUAAUCAUUAUUUUGUUUUGUUGUUAAUAGCGUUUUUUUACUUUCAGACAAAUGAGGAGCCUGUGGUCAGUGCACACUGACAAUCUGUAGGUCAAAAAAACACAAGGUCAGCUUUUACAAAACAGUACAAAAUGCAGAUAGCAGCCUAGAUGAAAAUUGACGCAAUGACCAGCACUGGCCAGUCAUGAUCAGAACUGAUAGUUUUCAGCCGGUUAUGCUGAUUCAAGAAAAAAAAACCCUGCCAAUUUCAAAUCCCUUUGCUGUACAUUGACAUUGUCUAUUGUUAUAAACCUGUGUCGAGGGUUUUAUAUACGUGAUGGUUAUCCAGUAAGAGCUGCUGGAAUUCUCAUCAGGAGUGCUGAAGGAGAGUUCAGAAUCCUGAAGGAAGUGCAUCAGAUAGAAAUCAGUCUCAUAGCAGCCCUGCUCACCACAGCGGAGCGUCACUCUUAUUAAAACAAACCAACCCAGAACAUGCCUCAACUAAAGAAGAACUGGAAUCCGACUUAAUACCGCCUGUCUUUGACAGCGUGAACACUCUCAUUAAAUGCAGUAGAAGGGAUUGGUGUUACGAUGUGAUUAUGUUUGGAGUUAUUGGGACUGGUAGUUUCAUUCAUGUUACUGUAUCUAACUGUAUCUGUCGGGUUUGAAUCCUUGCACGAUGGAUAUUGUCUGUAUUUAGGAUCUUACAAAACAAACAAAUAAAAAGAUUUUGCCCCAGCUCUCCCUUUACUCAAAGGGACAGGUGGUCAAACAAAGUUGAAAGGUUGCAAUCCUACAUGCCUGUUCUUUCAAGAACGAGGAAGAACGCGUCAUGUUGAGAGAACAAGGAUACCAAGCAGCAGUGACAGCAGUGGAUAAAAAGGGAGUCCGUUUUUUUAGGUUGGCACAACAAAACGAAGAGCAUUUUAACCUAUUUCACUUUUCGAAAAAUCUGUCCCCAAAGUGCCUACAUAUUGAAUAACUAUACAAUGAGUCGAGGGUGUGGUUUAGUUUCUGUAUAAAUUGUAAACAAAUGAUUGUAUAUAGCUAAGGUUUGCUGAGGUUAAAUGAUGGUCUAAUUCAUGAUUACAAUAUGUACUGUACUGUACAUGUACUGUAAUUACUGUCAUACAGUGAACAAAAUGUAAAAAUAAACAUUUUAGUAAAUUGG